AUGGCCGAUUAUAAAGCUAUUGGAAAAGCUUUUCUUGAUUUUUAUUAUGGUAGAUUUGAUGCAGGCCCACGAGAAAAUGUAGCUUCACUCUAUGAACCUGUUAAUGGCAUGAUGAAUUUUAAUAGUCCAGAUUUUGCUAAAGGUGCUCAAGAAAUAGCUGAAAAAUUACGUUCACUAACAUUUCAAACAAUCGCUCACACAAUAUCAACAAUGGAUAUUCAACCAACAUACGAUAGUUGUAUUUUAAUUAUCGUUACCGGUGCUCUUAAAGCAGAUAAUGAUCCACCAAUGCAAUUUACUGAAACAUUUCUUUUACGUUUUAUUAAUAAUUCGUGGCUUAUAAUUAAUAAUGUUUUUCGACUUAUUCUUCAUGUGGCUUUGACUUUGCUCGCCGCCGGUGGCAUUGGCCUCGGAGCACUUUUUGGCUGGAAAUUUUUCGAAUCAGUCAAUAAUGCUCGACGUGACGCACGUGGUCUUGGUCAGAGAGCAGUAACAAUAGCCGAUAAUACUCGACUUGAUAUAGCUUUUAUUGCUAAGCUAGUAGUAGAAACAAUCAAUGACUUAGCUCAUAACUUUACUCAGAAUAUCAAUCUAAUAACUGAUGCCUCCGUUUGGUCUAUGAUGAUGUUAACUACUCGUCUCAAUAUUAUUAUGCAUAUCUUAGCAACUGCUGCUUUGGGUAUAGUGGCCGUGGGUGCAUUUGGCCUUCUUUUAUAUUUAUCUCAUUUCUCAAAAUUUCUUCAAAUGAUUGCUUGGUUCCUAUUGGCUUCAGUGAGCGUUUUUAUCUUUCGUAUGUAUGUUGAACAUUCAAGGGUCUGUUCGAAUAUGAUUAGAGAUUUUUCUCAAUCACAUCAUUCUGCAAUUACUAAAUCGACUAUACCAAAUAAUGCAAUAACAACAAAUCAAAGAUCAAACCAAUAUCAAACAACACAAAAUUUUUCUCAACCACAUCAUUCUGCAAUUACUCAAUCGACUAUACCAAAUAAUGCAAUAGCAACAAAUCAAAGAUCAAUCCAAUAUCAAACAACACAAAGUAUGUUUCAUUAA